UCGAGCUGCCCCGGGUCUUCCGUUCACCAACACAACAGCGAUGUGUCUAAGGAAACCAGUCUGCUAUCUUUGGCUCAUAUCCUGCUGUUAAAAUACUCAGCGCUCUAGUUAUUAUAUCAAGUUAGUUGUGAGCAGGAAAGAGAGAGAGAGAGAGAGAGAGAGACGUUAGCUCCAGUCCCAUGUUGUCGCCGAAUCAGAACGAGCAUGCCCGCUCCAAAGAUCCGGUGAAAUACGGCGAACUGGUGAUACUCGGGUACAAUGGCUCCCUUCCUGGUGGAGACAAGGGGAGGAAAAGGAGUCGUUUUGCUCUGUUCAGGCGGGCAAAAGCUAACGGUGUCAAGCCAAGUGCCGUGCACAUCCUCAGCAAUCCACAAGACAGCAAGGCGGUUAAUAGCAGGGGGCAGCACAGUAUCUCCUUCACACUCUCUAGGAAUCAGACUGUGGUCGUGGAAUACUGUCAUGAUGAUGACACAGAUAUGUUUCAGAUUGGCCGUUCCACUGAGAGCCCCAUAGACUUUGUGGUGACAGAUACCCCAGGAGGAUCAAAAGAGAGCGAGGACUCUGUCGCACCCAGUACCAUCUCGCGCUUUGCCUGCAGAGUGGUGUGUGAGCGCAACCCCCCCUACACUGCCCGUAUUUAUGCAGCUGGCUUUGACUCCUCCAAAAACAUAUUCCUCGGGGAAAAAGCAACAAAGUGGAAGAACCCAGAUGGUCAGAUGGAUGGCCUCACAACCAAUGGAGUACUGGUGAUGCAUCCACAAGGUUUCCCAGAAGAGUCCAAACAGGGCAUGUGGAGGGAGAUUUCUGUUUGUGGAAAUGUCUACACUUUGAGAGAGACCAGGUCAGGCCCCAUCCGUGGCCAACUGGCUCAAGGUGAAAGCAGUGCCCUAAAGGACGGCUCUCUGGUAGACCUGUGUGGUGCGACCUUGCUGUGGCGCACCGCCGAAGGCUUGCUUAAAGCACCCACUCUGCGUCACCUUGACGCCCUGCGACUGGAGCUGAAUGCAGCGCGUCCACAGUGCCCGGUAGGCCUGAGCACGCUGGCGUUUCCCAGCCUACCCCGUAGCCACAGCCUGGAAGAACGCCAGCCUUGGGCUUACCUUACCUGUGGCCAUGUGCACGGUCGACAUGACUGGGGCCAAAAGCCUGAGCACAGCCGCGAGCGGGAGGGAGGUCCUAGCACAGGUGGCAGAAGGGAGUGCCCUUUGUGCCGAUCGCUAGGGCCCUACGUGCCCUUGUGGCUGGGCUGCGAGCCUGCGUUUUACGUGGACGCAGAUGCUCCCACGCAUGCUUUUGUUCCCUGUGGCCACGUGUGCUCAGAGAGGACGGCAAAGUACUGGGCUGAGACAUCGCUGCCACACGGGACCCACGCCUUUCAGCCCAUAUGCCCGUUCUGCUCAACGCCCCUGACAGGCACACCCGGCUUCACCCGCCUCAUCUUUCAAGGGCCUGUUGAUUGACAAGUAGCCACAGGGGGUACAAAGCAUGAUAGGAGCGCUUUCUUGGGAGUGUGUUCAUACUGAAAAUCACAUGCAAAUCUACCGUAGCUUCCUUAGUAUAUGCACACACACUUAACUCAGUAUGUGUAUUUUGCAUUUGAAUGCAGCCCUAAGUUAGCCUGGUAAACAAAAUAUUUUUUAUCUUGCUAGUAAUAUUACCGUAUUUCUUUCAUGGAUUCGGUCAGGCACUGACACAGUUGCGAUGCCCUGAUUAGUUACAGAAGCAGCUUAUAUUCGAUGAUAUUUAAGGUAAAUGUCGUAACUGAUUUUAGCUAAAAAAGCUUACUACAUGUCAAUAACUGUGGUGUAACUAAAAAUCAGUAGCCCAGUGAAAAAGAGGCUCUUCUGGAUGUAGCAAGAGAUUUUUUCGAACUCGCUAAUUUGCGGUGAUAAUUUCGAUAACCAGUGCCAGACAGAAUCUGUGAAACUGAAAUGUUUUUACAGUAGCAAGUUGCUCUUCAAUUUGAGACCGCAGUAUAAUACUCAUCUAUCACAUACCAAUUACUGGGCCUCUGGAUGCUUAUAAUAAGUUGUUGGAAAGUUAGUUUGCAUCUCUUUGAUGUUUUCAUUUUUAGGAUCUCAGGACAGGAAAUGGGCAUCUGCUGUGGAAACUUGUGACUUCCCCGAAAGUUUACAUCUAGCCUUUAAUCUAGGGAGUUAAUGUUCAUUCUGUUGAUGGAUUUAACCUCCAUCUAUGGCCACAUGUACUGCUUCCUCAGUGCAUUAUAUAUAUAUAUAUAUAUAUAUAUAUAUAUAUAUAUAUAUAUAUAUAUAUAUGCUUUCGCCGCACUUAACACUAAAAAGAAAAAACCCUUCUACAACACCCAUCUUAAGCAAUAAGCAUUCCUAGAAUUAAGCUAAAGCUCCAAGGAGAGAUGCAACGACUCAAACAUAUACUACCUGAUUCUAGCUGAUGUGUGGUGAACUCGGAUUGUAGUCGUUGUAGGGCUUCACCAAGUCACAAGAAAUGUAGCCCUGGUGGUUUUUAUUUUUUAGAUUGUUCUUUGUAUUGUUAAAAUUGUUUUAGCAUUUAAACAACAGUUAAAGUUGUAGCUGCAGUAUACACAGUUGUAGUUUAAACAAACGUCCAGAUGUAAUAUUUUUGUACAUGGUUGUGUUACUAAACUUUGACCCAAGGUCGGUCUUUUUUAUAUAACAAGUGUUUCACGUAUAUGUAUAAAUAUAUAUUAUUUUCCUGUGCGAAUAUGAUUUAAAUCCUGGAGAGCCCACAGCAGAACAGUAUGCCUCACUGUGUCACACUCUGACAUGUCAUAGGAAACCCUCAAAAUAGUAAGCAGUAUGAAUGUACAAUUCUAGGGCCUAGAUAAUAACUCUGCUGUUCUUGGUGCUAUCAUUAAAUUUAAAAGCUUCAUAUAUAUUUUUAUCUGAACAUCACUGCACUCCUUGAAAGUGUUUAAUUGUUUUGGUAACUUGAUGUUUAAAUCACCCACUAAAUCACUUGUACACAUGCAGCGCUUUGCACUAUGCAUGUCUAUGAUGAGCUUUUUCCAAAAGAAAGCUUUUUAAAUUGCAAAUAUUCAGUGUUAAGACAGAUACGCUCUACUUUACCUCACAUGCAAGAGAAGAGACCUCAACUGAACAUAUUUUUAUAUUAAGAAAUAACAUGAUUGAUUUUCACUUUUCUUGCUUGUUAUGACUUUCUGAAUUAAACUUUUGGCCUUUUUUUUCCUUCUUCCCCAGGGGCAUAUAUGUCCUAUUUGAUGCAUUGUUUCAAUAACCACUGAUACUUCUGAGUUAAUCUACCUUGUUUAGACAACUCGAAAUAAUAUCCAGCUGUACUGUACUUAUCUCCUUCCUGCAAAGGUAAUGCAAUUCUUAGUAUCGUCACUCCUAAGAGACCAAGACCAAGUUCACAUCUAGGUUGUAGUACAUACACACAUUGCAUAUUUAGAUAUGAUUCAGUGUCUUCCCGUUGGCUCAGAAAUGCCACUCUGCCCCCAUUCUUAACCUGCAAAUGGAACUUGUUCCUUCUGCAAGCUGAUAAUGGGUGAUCUCAGGUUUACACUAGUCAAAGUUUACACUCAUCCCAGUGUCGCUAUAUACCCAACUAGCUGGGCACAAUGAGCAAGGUUGGAGAUAACGUGCCUGUGUGUACUAAUGUAAUUCAGUAUCCAGUAUUUCUCACAACAGGGUCUUAUCUCAGAAACCCCCAAAUCUGGGGCAAAUACAGGAUGUGUGAAAUACUUUAUUAGUCUAGUUCACUGUCUGCAUAACAAUUGUGUGCUGUAUCUGUGCUGUACCUCCAGUCAUCUUGAAAAGGUUUGCCUUGCUUAUAAUGCAGCACGUACAGGUUCCUCUGGGAGGAUUUGCCCUUAAGUACAUCAUUCCUGUCCUAAUUAGUAUUUUGUCAUUUGUCAUUUAUUAUUUGUAAUGAGUUGUCAGAUAUUUAAACGGUAUUAAUAUAAACCCGAAUACAUGCAAUGGCAGAUGUGUCACUAAUACAAUGAUGUAUAAUCCCGUGUGUCAUACUUUGACUACAAGACUGCAAUCAGUAAUGUUGCAUACGUGAUCAGUUUGAGUAUUGUCAGUAUUGUGUCCCAUCCGAGCGAUGUGAAAAAGGCGGCACCUUGUGUUUGACCUCUGUAAAACCUCACUUACAAACCAGUGGUCAUAACCUAUGACCUUACCACUGUCACAUACCACUGAGCACGCCUUAAAUACAGCUACAGACCACACAGUGAACACACAUACACAGUUACGCUUGAACCCAAGGUGCACUGACAAUCCCAAGUCAAAAACUUAAUAAAAUAUAUGUUUCCAAAGUA